UUCCGGUAUCGUACGGAGCUUCUGGUGACGGUUCCGAGGCUCCAGCGGCCUGUGGAGGAGAGUGUGAUAGUUAGGGAAGUUCUCGUUUGGUAUGGCACCGAAGAACAGGGAACACUGCGGCUCGAGGUCCGUCCCUCCGCGAUGCUAGUUCUAACAGAGGUUCACACUGUCGUUAGCUCCGCGAUAACCUUCCCCGGGUGGGCUUCGUGUGACGAGGUAACACGACUGCAAGGACUUGGGUCUGACCAUAGGAAGAGGAGGUCCACGUGCUCCUGACCACACGGGAGGGCACAGACAAGGGGUAGGAGUCACGGGCCCCGCGGGUUUCGCCUAGUUCUCCAGCCUCGCCACGGUGGCGUGAUUGACAGGUCACGUGUCUGGCACCCCGCAUCUGGACUCAUGCUGUUUAGUGAGGAUGAGAACCCGCCUCCUCCCGGGGCUGAAGGUAGGACUCUCCUCCUGUAGCUCCCAUGAUGAUGAUGAUGAUGGUGGGGUGAUGAAGCAAAGGUUGUCGUGCCCCCUCGUGUCACCUGCAGGAGCGUCUCCUACCUCAGCCGGUUCCUCCUCUCACUCCCCUCUAUAUUCUGUCCGCCCACCCUCCUCCGUGCCUCCUCCCCUGCCUCCUGCUGAAGCUCCUCUCUUCUGUCCAUCAGUGAGCACCCUGUUUCUUGCACCUCCUGCCUCCUCCCUCCCCCCCGCUGUCACUCCGCUUCUGUAUCCUUUCACUGCUUUUCGUACUCUCCCUCCUGUCAUCGCCUCUCCUCCAUCUGCAACUGCUCCUUUGAUCUCAUCUCACAGGUGUCCUCCAUCCGGGCCUCCAAAUAUUAUGUCUUCUCCUCCUUUCAUGUCUGUUUUUCCUAACGUAUCUCCACCCUCUGCCCCUCCUCCAUCUCCACCUAUGGUGUCUCCACCUCCCCCUACCUUGUUUCUUCCUUCUUCUCCCCCUACCAUGACUCCUCCUCUACCUCCACCGAUGGUGUCUCCUCCUCCUCCUCCUCCUCCUCCUCCACCUGCCAUGUCUUCUCUUCCUCUUCCUCCACCUCCACCUGCCAUGUCUCCUCCUCCUCUCCCUCCCCCUCCCCCUGCCAUGUCUCCUCAUCCUCUUCCUCCUCCUCCACCUGCCAUGUCUCCACCUCCUCCCCCUCCACCUGCCAUGUCUUUACCUCCUCCCCCUCCACCUGCCAUGUCUUUACUUCCUCCCCCUCCACCUGCCGUGUCUUUACCUCUUCCCCCUCCACCUGCCAUGUCUCCACCUCCUCCCCCGCCACCUGCCAUGUCUUUACCUCCUCCCCCUCCACCUGCCAUGUGUUUACCUCCUCCUCCUUCACCUGCCACUUCUCCACCUCCUCCCCCUCCACCUGCCAUGUCUUUACCUCUGUGUCUUACCAACAUGUCUUCUCCACCAACUGAUAUACCUUUUCCGACUUUGUGUGCACCUACUGCUGUGUCUCCUCCUCCUUCACCUGUCUCUCCUCACUUUUCUCCGACUGUACUUUCUUCUUUACCCCCAUCUCUUACUCCUCCCCCGGUCACUCUUCUGUCUGCCGUCUUCCUCCCGCCUCCUCCUGUUGCUCCCCCGUCAGACCCCACGGUCUUUUCUUUCUCUCACCCCUCUGCUGCCAGUCCUGCUCCUGCUCCUCCUGCCCCCCCACCUCACACCCCUUCUCCCUGUUGCUCCUGCAGUGCUCUCCUACCCCGCCUCCUCUCUGCUCACAGGAUGGAGGUGCGGCGUCUCCUGCGAGGGGCUUUGUCCUCUCUUAACCGCCGCCUGGAUGCUCUGGAGAGGAGGAGCCGGAGGAGAGAGGAAGACGUCAUCUCCUCGCCGUCCGCGAGUGAGCGGUUAGGUCCUCGCAGGCCGCAGACUUUCUGUCAGGCAAAGUUUGGGAAACGCAGGAAAGGGGAGGAGCAUGAUGGAGGGGACAGGAAACGGAGGCGGAGAGAACGCGAUGCGCCGUCACGCUGGCAGGAGGAGCCUCGGAGUUUUGUGGGCCGCAUGGCCGUCACUCUCCCAACAGGGGGCACCGGUGAGAAACUAAAACUGCAGGACAUCCAGCGAACAGAACCUAGCUUGUCUUCUUCCUCAAACGCACUGCGCUGCCUGGAACUUGUCCCUGGCCGACCUUACAGCAGUAACCUGACUGGGUCCUUCUCACCCAAUCACAUCAUAGUCUCUUCACUCCUGGCCACUUCCUCUUCAAGUGUCGCUCCCAUGUGGCGGCUUUCUGCAGCUGCUGUGGAAACAUUGAUGUCGGCAAGGGGUGGAGCCUGGGGUCACCCUGAACGACCUCUGAAAGACUGGACGGCGCCGCCGAGCUUGAGCACAGACCACAGCUACGUGCUGCAGGACCUGAAGUUCGACGUCCGCCCCAGACAAGCGAGAGUCAGUCUGUCUUUCAGCUCGGUGAUCGGUCCACCACAGAAGCUGCGAGCCAAUCUGAGUGGAGAUGGCCGUAGACGGCCUCUGCCCCUCCUUCCUGCUGGCCCGCCGCUCAGCCAAUCGCCCGCUGGCUCAGAGUUUGCGGACGCCAAAGUAGAGAGACGCAAACAGGUUUCGCAGUUUCGAAUUCGGCGCUCGUCGCCGCGGGAGACACAGUUGACACCGAUGGGAUUGCCCAAGAUGAAACGACUGACGAAGAAGAACUUCAGUCUUGAGGAGAUUUACACCAACAAGAACUUCAACCACAGUGCCCCGUGCAGGAGUCUGGAGACCAUCUUCGAGGAGCCCAGAGAGAAAGACGGCGCGCUGCUCCUCAUUGGUCAGCAGCGGCGGCGCAGAAUUCUCCUCUUCCCCGACUUCACGCUGCCCAGGAAGAGGAAGCGCUCCUCAGGAGCGGGGCUUAUUGUUGGCAGCGCGCCAAGGAAGCGAGCGGCCGCUCGGCGGCACGUAUGUCCAGCUGACGAUGCGGUCGACCUGGAUGUAAUGCUGGUGGAGCGACUGAGCGCGCUCGAGGACUUCCUGCUGAGACACGGCCUGUCAUGUGACUGAUGUGAAGGGUCACUGUGACACGAUACUGUUUAGCUAGAAUAAUCUCACUUCAGCAGCUCAACAAUCUGAUUUAGUUCAAAAGGGAGUCGACUGGUCUGUGUUGCUUCUUUGUAUUAAACUCGUGAAGCUCA